CACCCAAAAGGGAGAGAAAAAAAAAUUGGAAAUAUACCUCUCCUCUAGUAGUUUCUCUAUUGGAGUGCAAAGUACUCCAAUUCUUUUCUUCAUCUCUUUAAAUUUCACAGUGAUGUGUUGUCCUCAAACGCCCGCUCUUUUCUUAUUCCUCCUACUCCUAACUUUCAUACACCGUUUUUUUCCUCUCUCUCUCCUCAAUUCAUCACUCUUACCACCGAAUCACACAGAGAGAAAUCGUAGAUGGAAAAAUGGCAGAGAAUGUGGAUUUCACUUACUACAAUUAUCUCUGUUACAUUGAUCAUCACCUUUUUGAUCGUUACACUAACAUUUUUUGGCAGCCAUGUGAGAGUUUUUUAUACAAGCUUUGAUCCUAUUAAUGGCGGUCCUAAGCUUCGUCAGCUCUCUUUCUCCGUUGUUCAACUUCAGAGCUUCGCUACUGUUUCUGAUUCUCCGGUUGCUCUUCUCUCCUCUAAUAAUUCAGCUCAUCGCAUCUUCUUUUCGAGGAAAAAGAAGAAGGAAGGAGUAGAAGAAGGAUUAGCUAGAGCACGAGCAGCAAUUCGUAGAGCAAAAACUUGGAAUAGAAGAAACCGAUCAUUAUCCUUCAAUGCACCUUCUACCUUCAUCUACCGUAACCCCCGCGCUUUCUAUCAGAGUUAUCUGGAAAUGGAAAGGAGACUUAAAGUGUACGUGUACGAGGAGGGUGAUCUACCAAUUGUACAUGAUGGACCAUGCAAAGACAUAUACACCAUUGAAGGGAGGUUUAUCCAUGAGGUUGAGCAUGGAGCUGCGCGGUUCAGAACAAGAGACCCUAAUCAUGCCCACAUUUACUUCAUGCCUUUUAGUGUUACUUGGAUGGUGAAGUACCUUUACAAGCCAAUGUCCUACAAUGUCACCCCUCUUAGGCAUUUCGUCUCAGAUUAUGUCAAUGUUAUUUCCACCAAAUACGCCUUCUGGAAUCGGACACAAGGGGCUGAUCACUUCAUGCUGGCUUGUCAUGAUUGGGGACCUCAUGCCUCAAGUGGAAACCCAAAUCUCUACAACAAUUCCAUCAGGGUACUAUGCAAUGCAAACUCCUCUGAGGGCUUCAACCCACAAAAGGAUGUCAGCUUACCUGAAAUCCACCUAUAUGAUGGCAACAUCUCUCCGAAACUCCUGUCCAUACCUCCCCAAACUUCCCCUCGGCCAUACCUUGCCUUCUUCGCUGGCGGUCUCCACGGACCAAUAAGGCCCAUCCUCCUUAACCAAUGGAAGGGACGGGACCCUGACCUACAAGUUCAUGAAUACCUCCCAAAGGACUUGGAUUACUAUACUAUGAUGCUUCAGUCUAAGUUCUGCCUUUGCCCUAGUGGGCAUGAAGUUGCUAGCCCAAGAUUAGUUGAAGCCAUUUAUGCAGAAUGUGUGCCUGUUAUUCUGUCUAAGAACUAUGUUUUGCCUUUCAGCGAUGUUUUGAAAUGGGAGGCUUUUUCGAUAGAGGUGGAUGUUAGUGAAAUACCAAGGUUGAAGGAGAUUCUGAGAGCAGUCCCAGAUGAGAAGUAUAGAAGGCUUAUUGAAGGAAUCAGAGCUGUUAGAGAGCAUUUUGUCCUCAACAGGCCUGCAAAGAGGUUUGAUGUUUUUCAUAUGAUAUUGCACUCUGUAUGGCUCAGGAGAUUAAACUUGAAACUUAGGUAACAUAGACUAUAUAGUAUAUAUACUAUAAAAUUGGAAAUAGGAAGUUUUUUUUUGCUUUCAUAUAGUUAUACUUACACCUAAUCCAACAGAAACUACCAACAUGUACCUGUUCGAUAAUCUUGUCACAACCAUGUAAAAAUUCGCUAUGUUCAUUUGUAGUCUGUAGAGAUCACAUAUAUGAAAUUUUUGUUCUGUAAUCAGUCUGUUAA